UCCUAUAUAGUAAACCUUCUUCAAUAGUCCUUCAAAAAAAAAAAAAAAAACUAUUACAGAGAAUUCAAGAAUGGCAGUGAAGAAUAAAGAAAAUGUUGGGAUUUUGAAGAAAUUGCCAGCUUCUAAUAAGGUGUGUUCAUUUGGGAGCAAUGUGAAACAAAUAGCUGAAGAUGAUCCAAGAAAAGUUGUUCAUUCAGUGAAAGUUGGAUUGGCAAUUGCUAUAGUCUCAUUGUUCUACUAUUUUGAACCAUUGUAUAAUUAUGAAGGAUUUGGUGUUUCUUCAAUGUGGGCAGUUUUGACUGUUGUCGUCGUCUUCGAAUUUUCUGUUGGAGCAACACUUGGGAAAGGAGUUAAUAGAGGACUUGCAACAUUUUUAGCUUGUUCAUUAGGUGUUGCAGCUCAUAAACUUUCUACCUUUUCAGGGUCAGAGAAAGUGCAACCAAUAAUACUUGGAUUAUCUGUUUUUUCAGUAGCUACAAUAGCGACGUUUAUGAGAUUCAUACCAAAAUUGAAGGUGAGAUAUGACUAUGGAAUUCUCAUUUUCAUCCUAACGUUCUCUAUGAUCUCCGUAUCGGGAUAUCGAGACCAUGUGGUGCUCGACAAAGCUAUUACUAGGGUGACGACUAUUCUCAUUGGGGGUGCAGCUGCGAUCUUGUUUAAUGUGAUCAUAUACCCUGUUUGGGCUGGUGAAGAUCUUCAUAAUUUAAUUGCCACAAAUGUCGAAAAUCUUGGACUUUCCCUUGAAGGAUAUGGAACUAAAUACUUCAAGAAACUAGGUGUCAAGUCUGAAGAAGAACUGGAGAGAAUAUCUCUUGAGGAAUACAAAUGUGUUAUCAACUCAAAAGCUGGUGAAGAAAAUCUGGUCAAUUUUGCAAAAUGGGAGCCACAUCAUGGCAAAUUCAGAUACAGACAUCCAUGGGGACAAUACUUGAAAAUUGGAGAUCUUGUUCGUGAAUGUGCCAUCAACAUCAAUGCUUUAAACUCAGAUCUUAGCUCCUGCAAUAUGACACCAGAGGGAAGGAAAAGAAUUCAAGAUCCAUGCACAAAGAUGAGCAUGGAAUGUGGUAGUGCACUGAAGGAAAUAGCAAGGUCAAUGAAGACAAUGACCCUUUAUCCAACAGCGGAUUCUCAUAUUCUAAAGGCAAAAGCAGCAGCUGAAAAACUAAGGUCCAUAAUUAGAAGUGGUGGUUUAAUUGAAGAAGCAGAGUUGCAAAAGCUACUUCCAUCAACAAGAAUUUCUUCACUCUUGCUAGAUUUAGUCUCCAAUUCUGUGGAAAUUGUGGACUCUGUGAAUCAACUUGCUGUUCUUAUGAAAUUCAAGAUUUUAGCAUCCAAACCAAAGAGAUUUGGGAGCAAGAGUAGAAUCCCAAGUGGCAAUAUUGGUGAGGCCCAUCUUGUGGUUAAUGUUGAGUGAACAAGGGUGAAUAUAUAAGGUCUACAUUGAUGAUAUCAUUGUAAUUUUCGAGGAUCAGUUACACACGGUUCAAGACUUGCUGAUCCAUAUCUGAAGCUCGAUGGUGGAUAAUGGAUUAUAUUUGUUCCUAUUCAUCCCUUUUUACACUUAUUAAAUAUCAGGCUUUUAUGUCUAUAUGGCAAUGUUUGAACAAGUGAUGUACGCCUAACUCAUACAUCAAAGAUAUGUUUUUAUUACUAGACCAAAUCCCCCGGGCUCAUUGUAAAAAGAGUGAGAUGGUAUGAAAUGAAAUAUAAACUACUUCUGAGUGAAUAAGGUCAA